CAAUUUGCAGAUGACAUGCAGGAGUUCAGCAAGUUCCCAACCAAGACGGGCCGUCGGUCCUUGUCCCGCUCCAUCUCGCAGUCUUCCACCGACAGCUACAGCUCCGCUGCCUCCUACACGGACAGCUCUGACGACGAGGUGUCCCCGCGAGAGAAGCAACAAACCAACUCCAAAGGCAGCAGCAACUUCUGCGUGAAGAACAUCAAGCAGGCAGAGUUUGGGCGCCGGGAGAUCGAGAUCGCUGAACAAGACAUGUCUGCUCUGAUUUCACUCAGGAAACGCGCUCAAGGGGAGAAGCCUUUGGCUGGAGCUAAAAUCGUGGGCUGUACCCACAUCACAGCGCAGACUGCGGUGCUGAUCGAGACGCUGUGCGCGCGGGGAGCGCCGUGCCCCUGGUCUGUCUGUGGCUUUUCUGAGUUGGCCAAGCAGGAGAGAGCUCUGCCAAACUCAGCAGAUGCCAAGGGUGCUCCUCUUCUUCUAGGUGUUGCCGUGUUUGCCUGGAAGGGGGAGUCGGAGGAUGACUUCUGGUGGUGCAUUGACCGCUGUGUUAACGUAGAUGGCUGGCAGGCCAACAUGAUCCUGGAUGACGGCGGGGACCUGACCCAUUGGGUUUAUAAGAAAUACCCCAACGUAUUCAAGAAGAUCCGAGGGAUUGUGGAGGAGAGUGUGACUGGUGUGCACAGGCUGUACCAGCUCUCCAAGGCCGGGAAGCUGUGUGUCCCAGCCAUGAACGUGAAUGACUCCGUCACCAAACAGAAAUUUGAUAACCUGUAUUGCUGCCGGGAAUCCAUCCUGGACGGCCUGAAGAGGACCACGGACGUGAUGUUCGGAGGGAAGCAGGUGGUGGUUUGUGGUUAUGGGGAGGUCGGCAAGGGAUGCUGCGCCGCUCUGAAAGCCCUGGGAGCGAUCGUCUACGUCACGGAGAUCGACCCCAUCUGCGCUCUCCAAGCCUGCAUGGACGGAUUUCGGGUGGUGAAGCUGAGCGAAGUAAUCCGUCAGGUGGAUGUCGUCAUCACCUGCACAGGAAACAAGAACGUGGUGACCAGAGAGCACCUGGAUCGGAUGAAGAACAGCUGCAUCGUGUGCAACAUGGGCCACUCCAACACCGAGAUCGAUGUGACCAGCCUCCGGACCCCGGAGCUGACCUGGGAGCGGGUCCGCUCCCAAGUGGACCACAUCAUCUGGCCGGAUGGGAAGCGGGUGGUGCUGCUGGCCGAGGGCCGUCUUCUCAACCUGAGCUGCUCCACGGUUCCCACCUUCGUUCUCUCCAUCACGGCCACCACUCAGGCUCUGGCUCUGAUUGAGCUCUACAACGCUCCCGAGGGCCGUUACAAACAGGACGUGUACCUGCUGCCGAAGAAGAUGGACGAGUACGUCGCCAGCUUGCAUCUGCCCUCGUUCGACGCCCACCUGACGGAACUGACGGACGAUCAGGCGAAAUACCUGGGACUCAACAAAAACGGGCCUUUCAAACCCAAUUACUACAGACAACUUGGGAUUCGCUUCUUGCUUUCAUGUGGCUGA